GUUCUUGGUCCGAGAGGUGGUAUGCAGAUCUUUGUGAAGACCCUGACAGGCAAAACAAUCACCCUUGAAGUGGAGCCCAGUGACACAAUCGAGAAUGUCAAGGCCAAGAUUCAGGAUAAGGAGGGCAUCCCACCUGAUCAGCAGCAUUUGAUCUUUGCAGGGAAGCAACUGGAAGAUGGUCGCACCCUGUCAGACUACAACAUCCAGAAAGAAUCUACUCUGCACUUGGUGCUGUGUCUGAGGGGGGGCAAUUGUUAAACUGUUGCAAUUGGCUUUUUUCUGUGCGUAAUGUUCUUGCCUUUAGCUUAAAUUUUUGAUUAGUGUCUUCCCAUGUCAUUCAAAAUAAAAUUGUUGCAAGCUUAUUGUAUAGUCACAUGUUCUUUGAAUCUUCAGAUAAUUAACAGAUAGAAGUGAGAUUGUAGUAAACUAACAAAACUUGUUUUGUUAGGUCUGUUUUGUAUGCCUUAAUGCAGCCAUAAUUGAGUUAAGAUUACAGUGGGAAGGUUGUAAACAAGUGCACUGUUUGAUGCCCAAUGCUCAAAGAUUUGAAGUGUUGCAAAUGACUGACUAGUUUUUCUAUCAUUACAGUAGUAAGUCUGAUGGAUGUAAAUGUUUCAGAUUACAGAUUCAGAGCAUGCAUUAGUUGGCUAGAAGCAAAUGAAGUUCAGACAAUCCUGUGAAAUAUUUCAUAUCUUUGAACAACAGUAGCUCCAAUGGAAAAACUUGCACCUGAUAAAUAAAAGCUGCAUAAUUCACAAAAAAAAAA